AUGGGUUGGAGUUGGCGGUACCUGAUUCUUCUAACAAGCGUGCUGGCUCAGAAUGAAAGCUAUACCAAAGAGACGAUUCAACCCGGCGGCAUCGAGCAUUACUUGGAGUUUUACAUCGUGUAGGUUUGCUGAAGAUAUUGAUGUACUUUUAAAACGAGAUUGUUUCUUUAUAGUUUAGGUAUUACAUUUUUCAAUCUUAUUUUUUAUUACUUGGCACUUCGCCAGUUUGGGCAGGUGUAUAGUUUUUAGAAAAAAAGAAGGGGCGUAGUCCGUGUGGUAAAGUUAACUAUUAUAAUAUUGUGUGAAGUGAUUUUCUUGGGCAUUUAAAGUUUUUUUUCAGAAGAGCAAGUCUGGAUUCGACUUCUACGCCGCUCUUACUAGUAGGUUUUUACAAUUUUUUGAAUUUUCAUAACUAAAAUUCACUUUAAAAAUUAAUAUUGUAGCUUUCAAUGAACCUGUCAAUCCAAACAAACUACUCUGGUUAG